AACAAGUACCAACUACCAAGUGUAGAACUAUAACCAUCAUUAUGUAUUAUAAUGUUAUCUUUUUAACGAAAUACUCAAAAUCAAUAAUAUUUAGAUCCAACAUUGUACUUAUGUAACUAUGGCAAUAUUGAAAAAGUUUUAUGCGGCAUGUUCAAUUGAACAAUAUUUAAGUUAAGUACUUACCUUUAAUAAAAGAUUUAUAUGAAAUUAAAUAAAUUUUAUAUAAGAUAUUAUCCACCAGGUAUUGUUUUUGAAUAUCAAAAGCAAAGGAAAAUAAAGCAAAAGAUUUUGGAUUUGUUUGAUAUUGAACGAAAUACAAAUGUAGAGAAACUAGCCGCGCAAAUUGCGAGCGAUGAACCAUUGAUCACUCCUAAAAUACUGCCUCAACUGGAAACGAUCUUGCAAAAACUUAAAGAUAAAACAUUGUUCAACAACUGGGAAAAUGUACACGAAUCUUUCAAUGUUGACAAAACUCUGAGCAGUGGCCAUUUGUUACCAAUAACAAAUGUAUCCAUUGACAAAUUCGGAGAUAUUUGCGCCACAGGAAGCUAUGACCGAACGUGCAAGAUUUGGAACACCCGGACGGGCGAAGAGACAUCGACGCUCAUCGGACAUGAGAACGCGGUGUACGUUGUGUCAUUGGCAAUCGCGGGAAGGGUGCUGACCGGAUCGUUCGACAAAACGGCGCGGAUAUGGUCGCUGGACAAUGAAGGCGAGUGCUUGUGCACCAUGCGUGGACAUUCAGCCGAGAUAGUCGCGGUGGCCGUUUACCGGUCCACGCAGACGGUGGCCACUUCAUCGAUGGACCAUACGACCAAGCUGUUUAACGCCGUUACAGGCCAAAACGUUGCCACAUUGAGGGGUCAUACUGGCGAAGUGGUGGUUAAUCAGUUUGAUAGAGAUGGAACGACGGUGCUCACUGGUUCUUUCGACAACACAAUCAAGAUUUGGGAUGUUCGCACUGCCCAAUGUACAGCAACACUGUAUGGCCAUACUGCUGAAUUGACUGCCUGUCACUACGACUUCAGUUGCAGAGCAAUCGCCAGCAGUUCAUUGGACGGCACGGCCAAGUUGUGGGAUGUGAGGAGGACUGACAGCUGUUGUCACACUAUUGCAGGCCAUACAGACGAGGUGCUAGACAUUUGCUUUGAUUCAGUUGGUCGUCGAGUGGCUACAGCGAGCAGUGAUUGUAGUGCUUGCAUCUGGGAUGUAAGCAGUGGAGACUUAAUUUCCGCAAUGAUUGAACACACAGGAGAAGUUACAAAAGUUUUUUGGGAACCGGCUGGACAUCAUCUGCUUACCGCAUCACAAGACCAUAGUUCUAUUAUUUGGGACACAGAAACCGGAGAAUGUUUACAAGAACUAAAAGGGCAUACUGAUCACAUAUUCUCGGUAUUAAUGAGCUAUCUAGGUGAUACAAUUUUGACGGCUUCUAAAGAUAAUACUUGUUGUGUUUGGCAAAAAUUUAAUUCAAAAAAUAAUUAAAACGUAUAAUAUAAAUUAAUUCUAUUUUAAAUUUACCAAUUAUUAAUAGAAUAUUUAAAUAUAUCAGACUUUUUGUACAACAUCAAAAUGUAA